UCCGCUUUGUGCAAAGGACUAGUUCCCGGGUGGAGGAUGGCGGGCGAGCUGGAGGGCUGCAAGCCCCUGAGCGGGCUGCUGAGCGGCUUGGCCCAGGACGCCUUCCACGGGCACCCCGGCAUCACCGAGGAGCUGCUGCGGACGCAGCUCUACCCCGAAGUGCCUCCUGAGGAGUUCCGUCCCUUUCUCGCGAAGAUGAGGGGGAUCCUGAAGUCAAUUGCAUCAGCAGACAUGAAUUCGAACCAGCUGGAGGCCUUCUUGACCGCUCAAACCAAAAAGCAAGGUGGGAUCACAUCUGAACAAGCUGCUGUCAUUUCCAAGUUCUGGAAGAACCACAAGACAAAAAUCCGAGAGAGUCUCAUGAACCAAAGCCGAUGGGACAAUGGGUUUCGUGGUCUGAGCUGGAGAGUCGAUGGCAAAUCACAAUCAAGGCAUUCAGCUCAAAUACACACCCCAGUUGCCAUCAUGGAACUAGAAUUCGGUAAAAAUGGACAGGAAUCUGAAUUUCUGUGUUUGGAAUUGGAUGAGGUCAAGGUCAACCAAGUCCUGAAGAAGCUCUCAGAAGUAGAAGAAAGUAUCAGCACUCUGAUGCAGGCAGCCUAGCUGAGCGAAGACGGACUUGCUCUGAGGCAAAGGUGUUCAUGAUCCUUCCCCACUGAUUUGUUUAAGAAAACAAAAGCUUUUUUCCCAGAUCAUAUUAAAUCCUCAAAUUCCAA